CGCACUCUGGUGGAGGAACAGAUCAGGAAGAGAUCUGGAAGUGGGUCUCUUCCUAUUUGGAAGUUCUGUGGUUUCUGUCAGUAAAUUCUGCUGGAUACUGAAUAACACUCUCAGCAUGUGUGCUGCUGCUGCUACAGUAUCAGAGGGCUGGCUGAAGGUGGAGAUGUGUGAGCACCCUCUGUUCUACAGGCAGGUUCUCCCCCCUGCAGGAGAACCCAAACUCUGCGUUCUGCUCCUGCACGGAAUCAGGUUCUCCUCGGAGAACUGGGUCAGUAUCGGAACUCUGAGCUGUCUGGCUGGGGCGGGGCUCCGCGCCGUGGCUGUAGAUCUACCAGGCCUGGGUCAGUCCAAAGCCGCCGAGCCCCCUGCUCCGGUGGGUGAGCCGGCCCCAGGUGAGUUUCUGAAGCAGGUGUGUGAGGGUCUGGGGACGGGACCUGUGGUGGUGAUCAGCCCCUCGCUCAGUGGCAUGUACUCCCUGCCGUUCCUCCUGCAGCACACGCACCAGCUGAAGGCCUACAUCCCUGUAGCUCCCAUCUGCACCAACAAGUUCACAGCAGAGCAGUACAGAGACGUACAGGUUCCUACUCUUAUUGUAUACGGAGAUCAGGACACUCAGUUGGGCGAGGUGUCACUGAAGAACCUGAGUAACCUUCCCAAUCACAGAGUGGUGGUAAUGAAGGGAGCCGGGCAUCCGUGUUACCUCGAUGAUCCGGAGACUUGGCAUAAAUCCAUCCUGGAGUUCUUGAAAACUCUACUGUAGUAAAUUCCCACUACAUGAGCAGCACACAGAAUGAAUUUAUAUCUUUAAAAUCAUAUCAUGUGCAGACAUUUUAAGCACCUUGAUCCAGUAAAAUGAAUGAUAUAUUAGAAUAAAUACAAAUAACAUAAAUCAACCUGGUGAGCUUCUGAAGGAAUUUAACAAUAUGAGCUCACAAGAUCUAAAUAUUUUCUUUAACAAAGAGAAAUUAAGCGUUUGUACAGUCUAAACUCUCUCAGUGCUGAGAGAAAUUACUUUAAAUACUGGGUUAUGUGUCUAAAACCUCUGUGCACAGUGCUGCAUAUUUCUAUUGUAAUGCUAAAACAUUCCAUUUUAUUCUUUUGUAAUAUGAUAAUGGUCUAAGGGAACUUUUUUUAUAUAUAAAUCUAAUCUAAUCUACUAAUCAAACAAGACACACCAUGAUAAACAAUUAUUACACUGUUAAAUUUACUGUAAUGUUUUACUACAGUGUCACUAAACACCUUAUAAGAUCACAACAGAGAUAUUUUCUUAAACAGUUGAAGUGUAGUAUCUUGUAAUAAAGACAGUAGUACCAGUCAAAAGUUUGGACACAUUACAUUUUUAAGUUCUUUCAUUAUUUUAAAAUGUUCUGUAUUGUAGAUUAAUACUAAAGUCAUCCGAACUAUGAAGGAAAAUGUAUGGAAUUAUUUAAUAAACAGAAAAAAGUGUUAAACCAGAAUAUGUUUUAUAUUUUAGACUCUAUAAAGUAGCACCUCCUGCUUAGUUGAUCAGUUUUGCACGUCUCUGCUGGAUUUUCUCAGUCAGUUUUAUGAGGUAGAGUCACCUGGAAUUCAGGCUUUCAGUUAACAGCUGUGCUGAACUCAUCAAGAGUUUUUGGUUUUUAAUUUCUUGAAUUUCUUGUCUCUUAAUAAAGUGUUUGAGAGCAUCAGUUAAAGUAAAGUAGUGAAGAGGUAGAGUUACAGGUAUACAGUGAAUAGUGAAUAUUUGAGUAAUCCAUAUUAUGAGACGCAAAAAGUGCUCAACUAAGUUAUUAGAAACAUUUCAAGUGUAGUUGUAAAAAAAGACCAUUAAAACUUUACAAUGAUGGAACUGGCACUCAUCAGUACCAGCCAUACCAGUAAAAGGAGGAGCAAGAGUUCAAUCUGUUGCACAGAAUAUGUUAAUCAGAGUUAUCAACCACAGAAACUACAAGUUAACAGAGUAUUUUGGUUUGUUUAACACAGUUUUUAAGUUACUACAUGAUUCCUUAUGUGUUCCUUCAUAGUCUGGAUCACUUCACUAUUAAUUUAUAGUGUAGGGAAAACAAAAAAAUGUAAUUUGUCACUUUUGUACUGUAUGUUUAAUAUAGAAUCUUCGAAUAAUUAUAUAUGUGGCAUGUUUUCCCAAAUGUUUUACAUAAUAUCUUGAAAUGAUUGCAAGCAGUAAUUUUAUUAUUUUUUUCAUUGUUACAGUUUUUGUUAUAUCAUUUUGUCAUUUCUCAAACUUUUGCAUUUAAAAUUUGUAACUCUGACUUUUUUUACAUAGUUAUUAUUUUUUCUGCAAAAUCUUGACUUGUUAUAAUCAAAUAAUGACUUCUUACAAAAAAAGUUUAAUUAUACUAAAGUCUUGGUGCUGAAGAUUUACCACUUCUUCACAAUAUUAGACUACAUAUUUACUGUUAUGUUUGUAUGUAUCUGAAUGAUGUGAAAAAUGAAUAAUACUGUAUGAAUAAACUGAUCGCUGAUC